AUGCCUUCAGUCCCUCCGCGUCCCCCCACCCCAACCUCCUCUGCCACCGGAGCGAGUCCAAAACCCUGAGAAAAACCCUAGCUCCUGAAAUGGAUCUCGUCCCGAGCGCUUCGAUUUCUCUGGCGAUGUCGGUGGUCUGAUCCAUAGCUUUAACGCGUAUUUCGGGGUUUUUCAUUGAUCUGCUUCGAGGAGGAGCUUUUUCUGUUGCAUAAAUCCGACAGGGAUUCAGAAAGUUGCAAACUUAGUUGGUUUUGUGAACAAUCUGAUUAAAAGAGUUGAAAUCUCAUUAGCUGUACUUUAGAUCCGGGAAAUCCAUUCCAAAUUCCAAGCAAAAAUUUUGAGAGAGCCGUGUAACUUUGAUUUGACGAUCUGUGUGCUAUCUCGUGAUGGAAGGGAAUAUGUCAGCAGGAAACAUGAUCCCGGGGUCUUCUCCUUAUGGUGCAUUUGAUCUCCAAGUUUCAAUGGCGAUGCAGCAGCAACAGAACCCACAUGGAUGCUUUCACCAUCAGCAGCAACAUCCAAACCAGUCCCAACAUCAGGGUCCAAUGGUUCAUCAACCAAUGAACAAUAUUUUCUGCCAGUCGGUUGGUCAGAUGAGUGAGUGCGAACAGCAGCCUAUGCUUCAGAUGAUGGACUACAAUAAGGUUGACUAUGGCAAAAACACGACAAGUGAGGAUGAUGACACUGAGGACGGAGCUGAUCUUCCCAAUGAAAGUGUCAGAGAGAAGAAGGCUGCUCCGUGGCAGAGGGUGAAGUGGACGGACAGAAUGGUUAAGCUUCUCAUAACUGUGAUUUCUUACUUAAAUGAAGAUACUAGUGAACUUGACAUUAGUGCAAAGAGAAAACUCACCAUGUUACAGAAAAAAGGAAAGUGGAAGUUGGUGUCCAAAGUCAUGGCUGAGAAAAAUUGCUAUGUAUCACCCCAACAGUGUGAAGACAAGUUUAAUGAUCUGAAUAAAAGGUACAAGAGGCUUACAGAAAUUCUUGGCAGAGGCACAUCUUGCAAGGUUGUGGAGAAUCCUGCACUAUUAGACUAUAUGCCUUACAUUUCUGAAAAGGCAAAGAAUGAUGUGAGGAAGAUCUUAAGCUCGAAGCAUCUUUAUUAUGAAGAGAUGUGCUCGUACCAUAACAAGAAUCGCUUACAUCUACCUGCUGAUCCUGAAGUUCAGCGCUCUGUGCAGUUGCUUCUGAAAAUUAGUGAUGAUCAUGACACAAAAAGGGCUGCACGAGAUGAUUUCGAUGAAGAUGAUCAAGAAGAUAGUGAUGAUAGGGAAGAUGAUGUUGUGGACAAUGACACACUGUUUAGAGAUACUGGAGGUUCAUCCUUUUCAAAGAGGAUGAAGCAAGGGCUGGAGCGUGAAGAUUUGAGUUUUACAAACUCUUUGGGCCCUCAAAUUAAUCCUAGAAGACCUUAUUCUCAAAGCUCUUCUUUUGAUGUGAACCAAGCAUUCCCUGAAUCUAGCGCUUCUUGGGCACAGAAGCAGUUGAUUAGGUCACGUGCAAUUCAGCUGGAAGAACAAAGGCUGCAGAUUCAAGCAGAGAUGUUGGAGAUAGAGAGGCGGCGAUUCAAAUGGAAGCAUUUUUGUCGGAAGAAGGACAGUGAAUUGGAUAGGAUGAGAAUGCAAAAUGAAAGGAUGAAACUUGAGAAUGAACGCCUGGCAUUUGAACUGAAGCGCAAGGAGUUAGAGCUGGAGCUUUACUGAAUGCAAUUUCAAGGUUUAUCCAAAGAGGCAACACAUGUCCCAUUUUCUGUUCGUGCUAUUAAAGAUCUUUUUAAGUUCCCUGGUUUACAGAAGAACGUAGAGGGCUCUAAAAUUAAACUUCUGCCAGCCAAGGUAAGCUUCCAUACUGUGGAGUUAGUAAAGUUAGAGAUGUGGUUUUUAGUCUUGUGCGCAGAGGACAUGAAAGAAAAAUCAGAAUAAUCUACAUUGAAACUAAGCAAACUCAACUUUUUCUUUUCUUUUUGAUUUUUUGUGGGAGGGGAGAUAGAGAUAGGAUCCUUUUUCUCAGAAAAAAAAGAGAGAGGGGAAAUUUUUGGGUUUUUAGAAGGUCUAACAAGUAUUCAUUCUUAAAAUCGACAAGGCUAUCUUUCUCCUCUUCCUUUCUGAUACAAAGCAGGAAGCACCAGGAAAAAAGACAUGAACAUGAAGCUUGAAAGAGACGAUCCACUUAUUUGGUGAUCGCAUGCGUAAAUGCAUGGGACUAGUUGAGAACUAUGGUAUCAAGAGAAUGAUUUCAUUCAGUAAAUUGUUUGAUCAAAUCAUUACUUCUUUAGAAGCGCAAUUUAUGGCCAUCAUAAUAAAAUACUUUCUGAAUUUUUUUCUGAAAUAUUAGUUUUGGCAUGUGCAAUGAAUGUGAGAUUUAACAUUUGAUGGAUAGCUAUGAUCUAUAUAAUUCUAGAUUUUUAUUCCUUAUUAUCCAAGUUAAUAAAUGCAAUCCUACUUUUGCUUGUAUAACUUUUCUUUUCCUUUUUUUCCCUUUGAGAUAAUUAACCGAAAAAUCUAAUUUAUUGAAGAAAAAUCCUUUCUUGAAAGAAAUUAGUCAGUUGAAUAUACUUAGCCAAGUCCUUGCAUUAUGCAGGGAACUAAGCGAAUGCAUGUGAAAUAUAUUCUUUCUACAAUAAGGUAUAAUUAAGAUAAUGUUCAGCAUAAUUUCCAAAAUUGCUAUUCUGGCAUAAGUAAAUGUGUUGUAUGUGUUCUAUGCACCUGCAAAGAAUAGAUAAUGAAUAUAAUGAUUAUUAUAAAAAAAUAAAGGAAAAAUUAUAGUGACACCCCUUCAACUUUCCAUGUUUUGCACUUACACCCCAAAACUUCUUUUUUUUUUUUCCAACUAGACCUCAAAACAUAUUACUUGGUUGCAAUGUACCCCAUCUUUCCAUCUUCAUUAGGAUAUGUGAGCAUGUGAUUGUCAUGUGACAACUUCAGAUACUAUAUUCCAUAAAUACCCUUUCCUCUUGGAUUAGGAGAAGGGUUAGUUUUUGGAAAAAUUAUGGUGACAUCCCUUCAACUUUUCAUGAUUUGUGCUUACUCACCAAUACUUCUAAUGUUGUGAAUUAGACCCCAAUACCCUUCCCUCCUUGUUCCUCUUUCUACUGGUUGUGUUUUGCCAGCUUGGUUGAGUGCGAUGAAGAUAGAGAGGGGAGGAGAGAGUGGAACCUAAUAUUGACGAAUCUCAAGCAGCAGAUGGCAAUGAAGGCAUGGAACAGAAUGAAGCCAAGGAAGAAGAUGAAGGCAUAAAUAAGAGGAAGAAAGGCUUUCGUUGUUUUAGAAAGCAUGUUGUUGUUUUGGUACAAUUAAUUUGUUCUACUUUCUAAUAUGACAAUAUAUAGGAAGUUACAACAUAAGCCACUUCAACGUACCUACAUUUCCACUGCCAUCCCUUCUUAUACGAAAACUUUGUCCCACCACCAUUGUCCAAAAAAGGAGUUGCCAUCUUGAUCUCAACUUCCAUGUAACACCGAUACAUAAUGAUGAACAAGAAGGGAAACAAGAAGCGUAAAACAUUUGAGACUAAUUAGAAAGGAGAUUUUUUAAGGAAAAAAACUUUCCAUUACCCACCCUUCAUCUUUCCUUCUAUCCUUACUACAAUCCAAGUUGGAGGAGAAAAAAAAAAGGGAUCUUUCAAGCAGGAAAAGAAAACUUUGCAUUACCCCAAAUGGCACACGAGUUUGGAACAAAAUAGAUCUUUUUUUUAUCUAGAGGAAUGAAAAAAGAAGAUGAGAGAAUCAAAUUAGGGUAAAAGGAAAUGAAAGAGAUAACAAAAUCUUAUAGGAGAACAAAAGACAACUUCGAAAGCUUCCCUCUUUCAACUUGGAGCCAUGAUUGAGGAUUGAAAGUAUGAAGCUUAGUUUCUUUGCAGGACUCAGAGAGGAAGAGGUUCCUCAUGGUAGAUAAGAGAGAGCGAAAUUCCCCAAACCCCAUAGUUCUUAAAUGUGUCCUCUUUCGAGGCUCGACGGUGUUGAAGGGGCCAAUGGGGGCGGCUGGAAGGUUGGAGAGGAGGGGGCUGUGUCUAAUGCAAGGGUCACCAUUGGUGGCAGAGGGCGGGGCAAAGGGGGCGAGGAGGGAGAGAGACGUCCCAAGUGAAGAGGGAAAGGGUUGGGGACUGGGAGAGGGAGACAACAAUGAAGAAGAGGAGGGACACGGUGAACAGGGUUCCACUGUCCCAGUCGCCGGCAGUGGAGGAGGCGACAUCGCAGCUUCGAACGAGGAAACAUGGCCAUGUCUUGUCUUCUAUGAACUUUAUUCCUAAAGGAUGUCUAUGAGUUUGGGAAUCAUUUGAUAAAUUGAGAUAUGGGAUCUCCCCCAGGAUAAUUUAGUCAUUUCAUACAUACUACUAACGGUGUUAGAGCUCGAAUUUAUGGCUGGGCCACAUUGCAAUGAAAAACUAAGUAUUGGGGUCUAAUUGAAAAAAAAUUAGAAGUUUUGGAGUGUAAGUGCAAAUCGCGAAAAGUUGAAGGAAUGCCGCUGUAAUUUUCUCAAAAAUAAAUUACAGAUAAUAUGUAAAGAUUACAACUGAUGGGUCACUAAGAAACUUUAGUGUCUAGUUUAAAUCUAUCUAAUAAGAAAACUAUAUUCAUGACUUUCUUUUCUCUCACAAUGAAUAAUUUGAUAGCUUGUUUUCCUUUAAUUUAAUAGUACCAUUUUUGCCAAUUUUUCUCUUGCAUUUAUGGCUAUACUUUGUUUCUUCUUUUCACUGCAAACACUUGGGUGGUGGAAGUAGGGAAACAUUUGAUAUAGCAGCUCUAUGCAUUUCAUACUUCAUAUGUUGUCUUUACAUGCUUUAAUAGGAAUGAUUGGCAAAGGAGAAUUAAUAAAGCUGACACCAAUAUGUCAGGAUCAGCUUUGAGAAAUACUUUUAUGUUCAUGUUUUAUAGUUUGUUAUCUGUUGAAUCUUCUGUCUGUUUUUACCAUCUGCUAUUUAUCCAUAUAUAUGUAUGAUCAUAUGUUUUACAACUUGCACAUAUUUCUUUACAUGACACAACUGCUCUAUGGCUUCUACUCGUGGACUGAGUCCACUGCAUGUGCACAUAUAUUUCUUAACAAUUGCUGCACAUAUUUCUCAACAAUUGCUCGAACUGUAGAUCAUUGUUAGUUGCUUGUUUUUUUAUGUUGAAUACUCAGUCAUGUACUUUGCAAACAAGCAUUGGUUGAGAAGACUGCAGAUUCUAUGAGAAAGAAAUUGAGUUUUGCAUUUAUAACCAUUUUGGACAUGGUACAUAUAAAUUGUGACAGACGUUAUAGCUUGGAGGUUAUUGGCUAGGGAGAUUUUGUUGUCGACUCCUUCGAGGAACUUGGAGAUGUCCCUUGUGCCUAGGGGAGGAGCUGUUGAAAAUUAAUCAUGCAUAAUAAAAUGUUUGGUGGUUGAAUUCGUAAUUAGGUAGUAAUUGUGGACGAACUAAGAAGUUAUUUGUUCAAAGCAUGGUCUGCUGUACUGUCCUCUAUUGCUCGGUACGGGACGUACCAUAUCGUAUUUGGAGGAAACCUAUAUGAAACUUAACUUCGAGUUGGUAUAAGCCCUAUACCGCCUCGUACCGAGACAUACCACCCUGUAUGAAGGCGUACCAAGGUGCGUACCAGCCCAUAUCGAAGCGUACCGACCUGUAUCAAGAUGUAUCGAGAUAAAAAUUAGAAAAAAUGGCUAGAGAGCUAUUUCGGUACAGAAGCAUACUGUACUAUAUCGAACUGAUAAGGUACCGAUAUGGUACCCGAUACCGAGAUUGUGGACCUUGGUUUAAAGUAAAACAUUUAUGAUCAUUAACAUGUAUUCAUUUAGAUCAAACAAGAUGCCUAAAAUCUGAAGUUCACAACUCAGAAAAAAAACAUAGAACAUUGGGGGUGGGAGGGUGGGGGGCGUUUGGUAUGGGGUGAUAACUCCAGGAUCGAGGGUGAUUCGGAUGACGGUGAUAAAAUCACCAUGUUUGGUUACAUCUUAGUAAUCCCACAUGGCGGUGAUAUCGGAUCACUUCCACUUUUCAAAUCACCGUUCAGUCCAGUGAUGGGAAACCCGUCCUUGAGGACAGGCAUCCAUCACUAGAGUGCAGUGAUCUUAGAUUAAAAUAUGUUGACCAAACUAUCUUUUAUAGUUGUGGGAGACUCCACGAAAAAAAAAAAUCCUUUUUUUCCGCUGCGAGUCAUUUGGGUUACUUGUGCAUCAUCCUAUCACCGUGCUCUUCCUUCUUCCUCCGAGGGAAUUCUUUGAAUCGGCAACGGAGGCGUCGAAAAGGAGGCGUUAGAGCAGGGCCGUCGCAGUUCAUCCCCGAAAGAGGUAAGCCUCCCGACCACCUUGUUUCCAUUUUUCCUACCCUUCCUCCUCUCGAUCCACUCGGGAGGAUAGGUAAAUUAAAAGAAGAAAGAAAGAAAGAAGAAGAAAAAGGGGAAGAAGGGGGUGAGGACUCACCUGUGUGCGGCCGUUGCCGGCGUUGUGGGAAGCGGCCGCGGACGUCGCAGGAGCCGCCGGCCUCAGCUUGGCUGCCGCGGGCGUCGGCCGCAAGCACGGCCGAGGGCGCCGCCGGCUGUGGCCCGACCCCUCUCGUGCGGAGGACCUCUUCUUCUUGGCUUCGUGUGAGGAGAUAAGAGGGAGGGGAGGGUUGAGAAGAAGAAAGGGAUGAGAAGAAGUCUGAGAGAAUUAAGGGAAAGAGAGGAAAAGAGAGGAGAAAAGAGGAAAAGAGAAGGAGAAGAAGUUGGGAGAAUAAAGAGAGGAAGAGAGAGGGCUUUUAACUAUAAUUGGGUUGAGUCAUGGUAGUCUUAAUAAAAUAAUAAGAACAUGUUGGAUGUUGCAACAAUUUAACUAUAAUUUAAUCUAUUCAAACUUGACAUCAUGAAGAGUAUUGUUGAUAGAACGAGAAUAAGGUAUGAUUUUUUUGUGAUAAGGGCUACUAAAAGUAGAAUAUGUGAUAAAAUUAUGGAGCUAUUAUAGGAAUUAAUAUAUUGUCUUAUAUUUUUGAUUCAUAUGAAUUAAAAACACAUAAAAAAAUUCAUCUAAGAUAUAUUAUGGGUAUUUGUGGUAUUAUGUGGUCGGUGAUCUGGGAUCUCCGUACCAUACCAAACAAAUUACUUAUGGAUAUCCGGAGAUUUUUAAUCACUGGACCAUGGCCUACCAAACAAAUUGAUCUUAGAUCACUAGGGAUCAAAUCACCCCAGCAUUCGGAUCACCGGGGAUCUUAGAUCACUGUGGUGAUCCUGUUGGGGUUACCAAACGCUCCCUGGAAGGAUGUAAGCCCAUUGCUUGUGAUGCCAUGAUAGAGGGAUUGGAAAAUGCCACUGGUUGAUUUCUUAAAACCCUUGCUUCCGGUGCUCGAAACCCUAGCUGGGAGGGCUGUAGCUCUGGAGAAAAACAACCAAGAGUCGCCUUAAAGACCCUUCAAGCUCCCCUUUAAAGCUAGAGGCUUCUUGAAGAAGCUUCUUGCCUAAAAAGCCCAACUUUCCACUUAGCCCCACCUAACACCUCACAUCACUUUUCCAACCCCCCCUCUCCCAUCCAACCAACAAAAUCAACAUAACUACUAUUACAAAUAGGACAACGAGACCAAAAUGACCUAAAAUCGGUCCUAAAGACCUGAUCAGAACUGGAAAAUUAAAAUAUGAUGAAACUACCCGGGGGCAAGGACAAAUGAUUACCCUCAAAAGUCUAUUUGACACCUAUAAUGGUAUUAGCAACUAUUUUUGUAUCUAACAAUUAUUAUUUUGCAUCAUUUUCCCCCGGUUAGAGUGAUUUGCCAUUUUCACAUCUUAGCACUUGUCAGCAUCAAUCUUCAUGAAAUCAUCUUCAUCUACCCAUGAGUCCUUAGGUAAACAAUCUCUAGUCUUGAGUUCUCACACUUGUAAAACACUUUUAACCUUCAUUAUCUUGCUACAUAUGUGUUCUUAUUUUUCACAGCUUGCGCUACUAUGAUUCAGUUCCCAAAUCACCAUUGUAGGCAUGAAGAUUUGAAAUAUUGAAUAUAGGAGAUAUGUGUAAACCAUGAGAAAGCUCCACCUCAUAGGCAUUUUCUCUAAACUUGCAUAGAAUUUGGCAUGGACCUAUCUUUCUGCUCUUCAAUUAUGAUUACUACCAACAGGAAGCCUUUCCAUUCGAAGAAACACCAUGACGUAGUCCCAAACUUGGUACUCUUCAAACCUUCUAUUGUCGGUGAUAAGCUUCCUUACACUUUUGAUUCAUCUCCAAGAACUUUUAACGGACCUCUUCUUGAAUCUCCUUUAAAUUUUUUGCAGAGGCAAGAGUAUCAUCACUUAUAUUUUGCUGGUUUAGUAUGUCAUAAGAUCAACAACUUGAUUUGGAAGUCGACCAUACACUAUCUCAAAGGAACUCAUCCCUGUAGACCUGUUCACAGAACUGCUAUAAGAAUUCAGUUUGGCCAUUUGUGAUCUGCACUGCUGUACUAUAAUUUAGUAGCCAAUAACUUCCACAAUGUCAUCUAGAAUGGAGAAAAAAACUUAGUGUCUCUAUCAGAUGUAAUACUCAGGUACACCAUGAAGUCUAACUACCUCCCUGAAGAAAAAAAUUGCCAUGCAGGUUGCAUCCAAAGUUUUCUUGUAUGGAAUGAAAUUUGCUAUUUUAGAGAACUGGUCAACAACAAAAUCACCAAAUCCAUACCUUGUGCUGUCCAUGGUAAACCCAACGCACAUUUCCAUGCUAACUUCAGUCCAAGGAGUUGUAAGAACUGGGAGAUGAGUGCAAAUACCUGUUUUAUGCUGCCACCAUCUACAGUACAACACUGAUUAACAUACCUAUAGACAUCUCUCCUUAAUGAAGGCCAAAAAUUUCGUGCUGCCACCAUCUACGGUGUUUUAUCUUUGCCAAAAUGCCCUCCUUGGUCUCCCCCAUGCAGCUUAUCUAAAAGUCCCUCAGAGAACUAUCAGGUAGGCAAAGGUUAGUACCUUUACAAAUGGCCAUCACUAAUGACAAAUUCAGCUAGUAUAGUACUGUCUUUAGCUUGGAUUUUCUCAAGUAUGUCCCCAAAGUAAAGGUCUUCCUUGUAUUGUUCUUUGAUCACUUACAACUCGACAACACUAGGAGACAUGGUCUUUAGUAAAUGGGCCCUUGUACUCAUAGCAUCAGCCACUUUAUUUUGUGAAUUAGUCUUGUAGUGCAUCAUAAUUGUGUGCUCUUGCAAGAAUGCCGUCCAUUUUGCAUGUCUUCAAGAAAAUGUAGGGCUUCAUGAUUUGAAUGCCAUAUAAACUCCAAUUUAGUACUAGGUGUCAUCUCAAUUGGGUAUCGUAUGACCAAAUAUGGCCUCUGAAAGUUUGGCCUGCAAAUCGGCUUUCUAAUGUGCCUAAUCUCACUCUUAGACCCUUUCCAGCCUUGCUCGUAGUGGCCAAAGUGUUCCACAUCAGGUUUAGUGAUCCUCUUGGAUAUUCGUAGUGGCUAAGUAAUUCACAUCGGGUCUGGUGAUUCUCCUAGAUAUUCGUAGUAGCCAAAGUAGUCCACAUUGAGUCUGGUGUCCUCUUGAAUAUUCGUAGUAGUCAAAGUGGUCCAUAUCAAGUUUGGUGAUCCUUUUGGAUUAGAGUUUUUCUUGUUUAGAGGAUUUAGCUCCUGUUAUAUCAUAACUAAAGAUGGGAAAGCACCUACUUUGCUGUCUCGCGGUUGAACCACUUGAUUUUGCUCGGAGAUAGAGUUGGUGCUUGUGUUGAAGGGAUCGCCAAUCGAGAUACGAUCUCGGUGAGUUGGCUAUCUUCUUUAAUUGUAAGACGUUCCAUCAUCUCAUCAUCCAUCGAGGUAAAACUAGCAGCCAUACUCGCCUUUGUUGUUCAAUAUACUUCAAGCAUAGAUAGCUUCUCUCCUGACUGCUCGUAUUGCAUGCAUAUUUGGACCAUGCAUUGAGGCUUCUAUACAUGUAGAGGACUGAAGCUCUGAUACUAACUUAAUCUGAUUAGAUCAAGUUGGAAUUCCACCCGAUAAGAGCAUGGCUCCGAUACUAACUUGAUCCGAUUGGAAAAGGAGAAUUUUCUUCAACCCGCUUAACUCAAAUCUCUCAAAAGAAAACUAGAAGGAGAUGAAAGAAUUGCGAAAGUAGGGCUUAAGUACUCUUUUCUUUCAUUGAUCAUUUACACUUCCUAAACUGAUGUACAUAGCCCCUAUUUAUAAUACUAAUGAGAUCCCCCCUCAACAAUUUGGGUUGGAUUUUUUCCUAAUUCAAAUAGGACUAGGUAUACAAAUAUUCUAGAAAAAACUAAAAUUUAGAAAUAUUCUAAAAAAGCUAAAAUUCUUGAGGAGGUAGAUCUCGACUUCUACAUCAACUCUGCCUUUUGUUGCUCCACCUGAUUUUUUUUGGAUAGAGAGUUACGCCUGGUGAAAGCUUUACCCAAAAAGAAAAUUUUUGGUUUGAUCAGGCCGUUUUGGGGCUUAAAUGAUGAAAUUUCAGUGUGAUUCAACCUUCUAGGAGAUCGGCCCAAAGUUAUAGAUUUCGAAAAACUAUCCAAUUUCAAAAAAAAAAAAAUCAUCUCAAUCGGGCAUUGUACGGCCAAGUUAUGGCCUUCGACUUAGCUUCUUGAUGUGUUUGAUCUCGCUCUUAGGCCCUUUUCAGCCCUGCUCAUAGUGGCCAAAGUGUUUCACAUCGGAUUUGGUGAUCCCUUUGGUAUCCGUAGGGGCCAAGUAAUCCACAUUGAGUCUGGUGAUCUUUCUGGAUCUCCGUAGGGGCCAAAGUGGUCCACAUCGAAUCUAGUGUUCCUCUUGAAUACUCAUAGUGGCCAAAGUGGUCCAUAUCGAAUUUGGUGACCCUCUUGAAUCACAUACCGUUUGUGGUGCUGUAUUUCAUAGAUCGGAGGUAAUCCAUGAGUAGUUCUUGGGGCAUGACCUCCUUGAAUUUAUCUACUAACUCCCUUAUACUUUCUGGUAAUGCAUGGGGAUAAAUUUCUUCUUUUGCAACCAGCUCAUACACAAUUCUGCUCUUUUUACUCUCUGACGAAGUCAAGUUCAGAAGUGUAGGUGACUCCCCCUUUUUUCUAGUAAAAUUUUUAUCCUUCAUUGGUUUCAUAACAGACUUCUUCCUCCCUAGGCAAGGAGUAUAUGUAUUCUUUACUCCAUCAUGGAUAAAUUCCGAUCAUAUUGCCAAGGUUGGCUAAGCAAAAUGCGACAAGCAUCCAUUAGAACCACAUCACACUGAACUGAUUCUUUAAAAAAGUGCCAAUUGAGAAAUUCACAAGGCAUUUUGAAGAUACAAUGGCUUCAUUCCCUUUCUUGAACCAAAGAAUGCGGUAAGGCUGCAGGUGCUUCACUGUUUUAAGCUUCACUUUGUCUACCAUCUCUUGUGCAACCAUAUUUUCAUUACUUUCACUAUCAAUGAUCAUGUUACAAGGCUUUCAUCUGGUUGUGCGGCGAGUCUGAAAGAUGUUUUUGUAAAGCCAAUCUUCUUUAUUCUUAGCUAGUGGUGCGAUCAUAGGUCUUCGGACAAGAAUUUCACCCAAUGUGUCACCUUCAGUUCCUUCUUCACCAUUGGCAGCCUCAUCCAUUCUGAUUUUCCCUCUCUAAAACAAAAUUUUCUGAUGGCUCCCUUUGUUCUUCUGCAAGGUUAACCUGAACUUCGGUCAAUCUCUUAGGACACUCAUUAGAUCUAUGGCCAAUUUCAGAACACCUGUAAUAUUGGAUCACCCCCCGAACUGGAGCAUUAUGCCAUGCUUAACCAGUCUUUACACCUGAAACAUAUGCUUCUUGGCUAGAACAUGAAGGAACAGCUGCUUGACUACGUCGGCUGGAACUAGCUGCCUUACUUCUUGAUGUAGUGAUGCUGCAUUCAUUCCCAGGCCUUUUGGAGGAAUUACGGGUGAUUUGAGCUUCAGCUUUAAGUGCUAACCAAUAUGCAUCACUCGCUUUGUAAGGACACUCAAAGCUGAUUUGAUCUUGAACGGCCAAUCGGAGUCCAUUCACAUAUCUGCUGACCUUUUCUGAUUGAUUUUCAACCAAUGUAUACAUCAGAGAAAGUUGAAUGAAUUCUUGGGUGUGCUCCUUUACAGUUUUGUCUCGCUGUCACAAGUUCUGACCUCAUGUCCCUUUUCCAAAAAAACUCCAGAACAUAACUACAAAUAGAAAUAGGACAAAGAUGGAAAUGAUCCAAUAUAUGUCCUAAAUAAGAGCUGACCAGCAUUGGAAGAUCAAAAUAAUGAAAAACCCUCAGACUGGAUGGACCAUUAGAGCACCCUCAAAACUCUAUUUUGACUCCUAAAAUAGUAUUAGCAACUAAUUAUGUAUUUACAAUUAUUCCUUUGCAUCAGAUCAGUUCAAGGUUCACUCCUGAUUUAGUGAAUUAGGUAAGGAUGACAUUACCUUACCAAUCAUAAGGCUAGUUUUGUUUUUGAUUUUUCAAGAAAAACAUUCUCAGGCCUUUGUUUCUUCCGGUAGUAUAUGUUGUAAUAGCUAUUUAAGUUCAUCAACUUCCAUAUUUUCCUUUUGGAGUUUUGAGUUAUAGCAAAUUUCUCAUUUGGAGACUACACAGAGGUCCUUUGUCUUUUUUUUGUACGACUGAAACUUUAUAAGAACAUUCACUUCUUUAUGCUAAUUAGCUGCAGAAGAUAAACAAAUUUACAGCUAUGUUAUUUGAUCUUUUUGUGAUGUUUCCUUGGUAGUCCUGUCUUCUCUGUUUCAGGUUCUUGGUAUGGCCUGUUUUGUUUUAUUUGACUUGUAUGAAUUUCCUAUGUUCGCAAGAUCUCAUGAAAAAUUGCCUUCAUCCCCAGCCUGCGUCAUUUAAUAAAGAACUUUCUUUCUUUCUUUCUUUUUUCCCCUUCUCUUUAGGUUUUUUCCUCAUCUUUUCCAGGUUCGUCCAAUGAGACUUGUGUUCCAUUUUCUCUUGGUGCUGUUAUUAAUGAUCUUUUGGGUUCCACACACUACGGAAGAUUGGAGAGGGCUCUGAAGUUGAAAAUUUAGUCACUGCCAAAAACUGCGAGCAAAGGUAAGCUUGUCAUCCUGCACAGUUAGUAAAUUUAGAGAACAGGUGCUAUUUUGAGGGACCAUGAACAAAAAUAGCAAUCUAUGUAUCUAACUAAGCAAACUGGACUUUUCCUGAGGAGAGAAAAUCUCCUUUUUUUUCUCCCAAAAAGGCGAGGAGAAAGAUUUCUGGUUUCAAGAUCUCAUAGAUCUUUCUUACAUUUUUUAAAUUACUCCACUUAACACGUAUUAAUAGAGUGUUUAUGAUUUCUCGUGUCUCUUUAAAAUUGAGAGUGCUACUAUUAUCUACGUAUAUAGCUAACCAAACUAGAAUUUUCUGAGAAGAGAGAGAAUCUCCUUUUUCUCACAAAAAAGAGGAUAAAUUUUUAGGUUUUGAGGUCUAAAAUCUUCAUUCUCUACACUUCUUCAUAGGCUAAUUCACAUGUAUUAGUAAAGGAUGUUUAUAAUUUUAAUUUAUUAGUGGGCUUAUUUAUACUCUCUUGUGAGUUAGAGCAACCCAGAACAUGAAGAUCAAAAGAUAGGGUCCCCUUGUUUCGGCGAGCCGUGCAUUGAUGCUUGAAGUGAAUUGGUUGAGAACUAGGUAUCAAGACAAUCUCAAUAAAUUGGUCGAUCCAAACAAUGCCUCUAUCUAAGCAGUUGAUGGCAAGCAUAAUAAUUUUUUUGUAUAUUUUAAAAAUACUUUGGCACGUGUAAUGUACAUGCAAGUGAACAUUUGAUGGAUUGUUGUUAUUCUAUAUUAUUCUGGAUUUUAUUCCAAAUUUUAUAAAUUAAUAAAUGCACCCCAGUAACUUUUGAUUGC